AUGGCUCCACCAUUCUUCUCUGAUAUCUCCAAGGACAUCAACGGUUUGUUGAACAAGGACUUCUACCACGCUACUCCAGCCUCUGUUGAUGUCAAGACCACCGCUCCAAACGGUGUUGCUUUCACCGUCAAGGGUAAGACCUCUCCAAAGGACGGCUCUAUUGCUGCCAAUGUCGAAGUCAAGGCUUCUGACAAGUCUACCGGUUUGACUUUCACCCAAGGCUGGAACAACGCCAACGCCUUGGACACCAAGAUCGAAUUGGCUGAAUUGACCCCAGGUUUGAAGACCGAAUUGAUCACCUCCGGUGUUCCAGGUGUCUCCAAGGCUGCUAAGUUGAACGUCAACUUUGUCCAACCAUUGUUCGCUGCCAGAGGUUUCUUCGACUUGUUGAAGGGCCCAUCCUUUGUCGGUGACUUGACCUUGGCCCACGAAGGUUUCGUCGGUGGUGCUGAAGUCGGUUACGACAUCUCUGCCGGUGCCGUCUCCCGUUACGCUUUGGCCUUGGGUUACAACGCUUCCGGUACCUACUCCGUCGGUUUGUCCGUCAACAACGCCCAAUUGAUCACCGCUUCCUUCUUCCAAAAGGUCUCCCCACUAUUGCAAGUCGGUGCCAAGGCUGCCUUGAACCCUCAAGCCGGCUCCAACGUCAACAUCGAGUUCGCUACCAAGUACUCUUUGGACGCCGUUUCCCAAGUCAAGGCCAAGGUCGCUGACUCCGGUAUCGUCGCUCUAUCCUACCAACAAGUCUUGAGACCAGGUGUCACCUUGGGUCUAGGUGCCUCUUUCGACGCCCUAAAGUUGUCCGAACCAGUCCACAAGUUGGGUUGGUCUCUAUCCUUCGCUGCUUAA